AUGACGGAAUCGUUAUCGGUAACUUCCAAACCGAAGAAAGUAUGCCUCUCAUACACAGGUGGUAAAGACUGCACUCUAACAUUACAUCUAUUAUCCGCUCAACCUGAAAAAUAUAAUAUUGUCUCACUCAUAACAUUUACUCCUGCGGCUUCUAAACCAUUUCUCGCUCAUCCGCAGCAUUUGAUAAAGCUUCAAUCCCAGGCUCUUACUCUUCCUCAUCAAUUUUUAUCUGUCACACCACCAUAUGUAGAAUCUUACCGUUCUCUAAUAGUUUCAUGUAACAUUGAUGGUUUAGCAACAGGGGAUAUUCUUGACGUUUGUAACCGGUUUAUGGACCGUGUUGUUGAGAGUACAGAUAUCGAGUUAGUACGUCCACUCUGGGAACGUGAAAGGACAGAGUUAAUUGAAGAAAUAUUUAAAUUUGAAUUUGAA